UGUUUUGUGUUGUGAACGUCGUGAGUAGCGCCGCGAAAGUGUGUCGGGAAGUGCGAUCCUCGCGGGGGCCAUUUGUCUUUGUUGGCGGCUUAGUUUGGCGUCGGCGUGCGUGCAAAGAUGUCGAAGGAGACGCGAAUGCAGAAGCUGAAGCAGUUCUUCAAGAGCACCAAGGCGCCAGGUGGCGGACUUCAGCAGCAGUCGGACUUCUCGCUGACGCCGGAGAUUGAGCGCGAAUUGCGGCCGGAGACGCCCGUGAAUCAGCGCUGCAAGAUCCUGCGCGAGCUGGGGGAGGAUCUGAAGAAGUGCCGGCUGGAGGACAGCUCGCUGAAGAAGCUGUGGGAGCUCACCAGUGACCUGAUCGUGGCCAAUCGGCCACAGGAGCAGCGCCAGACGGCGUUCGCCUUCUACAGGAAGCUGAUCAGCACGCAAUUCCCCAAUUUGCAUCUCAUGCGGGCGCAGUUCUUCCGCGUGAUCCAGAAUCACGCCGUGCCGGAGGACAUUGGCUACCGGCUGGAGCUGCUGCGCGCACUCACGGAGGAUGGCAAGGACAUCUCGUACUUCGAGGCGGAGAUCGGGCGCUUCAUGGUGCAGUGGUGCCAGGCGAUUAUGGACGCGCGCCUGAUGGAGACGUACCUGGACAUCCUCAUCAACAUCAUCAAGUACAACGCGGCGUACCUGGACAACGAGGUCACCGUGGGCAUCGUGAAGCAGUCCUGCUUCAUCAGCUGCUGCCUCGAGGACGACCGCACGGUGCUCCAGUGCCUCACCGUGCUGGAGACCAUCAUGUCCUACGCCAUCUUCCCCUUCGAGACGCUCAAUCUGUGCAUCGUGGCGCUGUGCAAGACAGUGAACAGGGAGGCCUUCUGCCAGACCUCGUGGAAGAUCAUGCGCACCCUCCUCGGCACAGAUCUCGGCUACGCCGCGCUCUGCAUGAUGUGCAACUACCUCAACGACCCCGCCGUGUACGACGACGAGGUGCUGCUGCGCGGCGCGGUGUUCCACACGAACAUGGGCCUCUGGGGCCCCGCCGCGCCCGCCCUGCGCUGCUCACCGUCCACCGUGCUGCUCAGCUUCCUGCGCGUGCUGCGCUCGCGCCACUUCAUCGUCAGCUUCGAGGUGGCGCUCAGCAUUCAGCGUCUCAUACAGCGCAGCGGCGCGGAGCUGACGGAGCCAGCCUGGGACACACUGUGCCAGAUCAUGGACGCCCUGGCGGACAACAUGGCGCACUAUGACAGAGACGGAGCGCCGCGCAGCAACUGCGUCAGCAAGAUCUUCCACGAGACUCUCGAUGAUGUGGAGAUGAAACUGCGGAGGCACGAGAUCAACGCCAAUGCCGACAUGAUCUACAAUCUGAUCGAGAAGGUGGCGGACGACAGAUCCGAGGCGUCGGUCUUCAAUCUGAUCGAGUAUCGUGCCAGCAGGAUCUCGGCGUCGCGGCCCAAGUGGCUGCAGGCGCUCAGUGUGUUCAUGGAGCGUUUCUACAGGCAGAACAGGAAGACGAACAUCCGCGUGAAGGCGAUCGUGUCACUCAUUCAGAUCAUGGACAUCAACAGGGCGGCGUAUGAGGAGGAGAUUCUGGAGCGCAUCGUCAUUCCCAACUUCAGCAACAUCCAUCAGGAGUCUGAUGUGGUGGUGAGAUCAACGGCUGCCAAGCUCCUCAUUGACUUCACUCUGCACUGCGACAGCAAGCGAUGCCUGGAGUUGCUGGACAUCGUGGAGAGACUGAUGAAUCGGCCGUUCGAGGUGCACGAUCCCACGGUGAGGCUCGUGGAGGCGGAGAUUCAGGAUCUGCUGUCGCUGGUGGAGGGUCUGAUCCGCACGUUCCUCGUGAAGCUCUACCGCCUGCCGUCGAUCCACGCCAUUCGCAUCUUCUACCUCCUGGUGGGCCACCUGGAGACGCACUAUGACAAUCCGCGCGUCUUCGAGACGCUGAACGCGGUGCGCAUGCAGAUCUUCAAGUGGAUGCUGGACGCGCGCUGCAACGGCGCCUUCCAGCUGGGCUAUCCGAGUGCCAAGGGCGGCGCAAUGCGCUACAGCCACUAUCUCAGCAUCGACGCCAAGCAGCCGCUGCAGAUCUCCAUUCCGCAGCCGCUCGUGCAGGCGGACGUGGCGGUGGGCGGCACUCAUGCCACGGCCAUCUCCAUUCGGCGCGGCUGCAAGGUGAUCGUGCGGUGUCUGGACAUGGAGAGAGACUGGGCAGUGAUGCAGCUGGUGCUGAAAGAAUUACCCAACAUUCUGCAGAACAAGGCGCUGAUUGUGGGCAAUGAUGUGGACAGUCUGGCCAGGAGUCUCAACAUUCUCUAUGGCAACAAGAGCAUCGUCGAUGGAUACAUUUCUACGGCUGGAAAGCCCUCACUGUCUGACUUCCAUCUGCUCGUACUGCCCGCCAUUGCGGCGCUGAUCACUUAUCAUCAGUAUCUGGACACGCGAACGCUGAAGAGCAUCAUUGAUGUGCUGAAGCUGGGACUGUUCUGUCGCAAUCCGCGCGUCUGCGUGCACGCACUCACGCUCAUGACGCUCGAGAUUCCCGACACGUUUCUCAGAUAUGCACCGGAAGUGUUGCUGGAGAUGAGCAAGAUAUCAAACACAACCGCCGUGGCGAUUCCUGUGCUGGAGUUUCUCUCGACGCUCAGCCGAUUGCCAAAUCAUCGCUUUGCCAACUUCGUGCAGCGCCAAUAUAUGUGCUUCUUCGCCAUUGCGCUGCCCUACACGAAUCCCUAUCGCUAUGAUCACUACACAGUGUCGCUGGCGCAUCACGUGAUCGCGGCGUGGUUCCUCAAGUGUCGCCUGUGUCUGCGCAAUACGUUCGUGAAGUACAUUUUGGCUGGCCUGGAGUCGCACAUCCACAUGACAUUCCAGGAGAUCAAGGCGAAGAUGGACUUUACGCCCGUGAAUGAGGACUCGUCGAACAGGAAGCGCAGCUCAAGUCUCACGGAGCAGGGCAGUCGCAAGCAGAGGCGCGCCAAGGUGGAUCUCAAGCCACUGAUUGACGAUGCGCUGUAUCAGUUUCACAUGGAGUUGGCCGAGACGUGCAUUGACUUCAUGGCGCGCUACACGUACAGCUCGUGCUCGGUGAUGCCCAAGCGCAUGCCGUCGGCGGACUUCCUGCUGGCUGGCGGGCAGACGGUCACGUGGCUGAUUGGCCACAAUUUGGUCACCAUCACGACCAGCGGCUGCUCCACGAGUCCGCUGCGCAAUGGACUGUGCGACAGGUGCAAUUUGGCGUGCAGAGGCGCCCAAGGGCGCUCAGAGGCCACGAGUGUGUCGCAGGAGUUGCGCGACAGCGCCGCAGAGUUGCAGCCCAAUAAAAGUGCUCAGGAGUCUGAGAGCUGUGACUUCACGUCGUCGACUUCCUCGUCAUCGGCUGCAACGCCCUUCUCGGCUCAGCAGCCGCAGAAGUUCUUCCGCCAGAGCUCCUCGGAUGGUCGCUACAGCAGCUGCUCGGGCAGCUUGGAGGCUCUGUCGAGGCGCGGCAGCAAUCCGGACACGGAAUCGUCAGAUGGUCCAGUGGGGAAGCUGGAGAAUCCCAUCUCCAUCUCCUCAUCGGGCAUCUCGAUACCGCAAAUGACGACGCCGCAAUCGAGUGUGGAUCGGCCGCGACAGACGUGCGCGUGCUCGUGCACGGGAUGGGCGGAGGUGUGCAUCAGAAGGCCCACGGGAUGCACAUCGUGGGUGAUGAGGAUACAGAAUCAGAUUGGCGCGGACUCGUAUGCCAAUGAUUUGCCACUGCACGAUCUCACCAGUCUGUUUAUGCCCUCAAUUGGGGGCAGUGUGAUGGGCGGGGAGUUCAUGGCGUCGAUGGCGUCGCCGCAGGUGCAGGAGGAGACGUCGGAGAGAGUGCAUCCGAAGAUGGCGGAGCUGGCGAAGAGGCGCGUCGAGGAGCAGCAGCAACAGCAGCAUCAGGAGGAGGAGGAGAAAGUGUCGCAGAGUGGAGUCUCCUUGGCCGCCACCACGGGCCCUAUUGAUAUUCCCAAGCAACUGCAGAAGGUCAGCGAGUCGGGGAGUUUCAGUGACCACGAUCCGGAUGGUGAUGAUGUGGCGUUUCAGGACAGUGACUCGCGAUCGAGGAAUCCGGUGAGGCGCGUGAAUUCCAGCCCGGAGAUGAGUUCCAACUGGCGGAAUCCCUUCUUGAGUGGGCAAAAGAGUGGCGCCGCGGUGUCUCAAGGCGGCGCACAAGCGGCGGACAAGGCGAACGAGGAGGAGACGACGCCGGCGCUGCAAGUGGAGUCGAGUCAGCAGAAGAAGAAGAGCGCCUAUGGCAAGGAUAUGAGGGUGAGUUGCGAGGCCAUUCCGGAGGAGAUGGCCGGCUCCACGCCACCGAGUGUUGUGGGAUCUGUGACGAAUGAGGGUGGCGAUCUCAUGAUACCCGAAGCUGUCACGGCGGAGCCACCGCGGAAGCAACACUCCGCAGAUGAUGCGGUGCAGCCGCCGCCGCAGCCGCAGGUGAAGUGUGAUCCGGGAACGAUGAAUCUGAAGUUGCCGAUUGACGGGCAGAAGGUGACGGCGAAGCCACCACAAUCGCCGGUGCCGCUGUCGCCGCGCUUGCUGGCGCGCAAUGCGGCCAACAAGAUUGCCGGGACGUCGGUGGGCCCGUUUGGAUCCACCGGCGGUGGGAAUUACGCGGACGUGGGCGAUCUGCCGCGCGGUAGAUCCAAGACGAUCUCCGUGGUCAGGGAGCACUACUCGCGCGACGCCCUCAAGUACACACUGCGCGGCGCCACGACCACACCGAGCGCUGCGCCGCGGCGCGAUGCGCCCGCGUCGAGUGUCAAUCGAUCGGGCAUCAAUCCCAGCUUCGUCCUGCUGCAGUUCUAUCACACCGGGCAGCUGCAGCUGAAUGUGACGGAGAGGCCGCUGAGAGUGGACGCGACGAAUGCCAAGGCGAUCGCGCUGCUGGACUUGAUUCCGCCAUUUGAGACGCACAAGAUUGGCGUGCUGUACGUGGGUCCGGGUCAGUGCAACAAUGAGACUGAGAUGCUGAAGAAUCGCUUCGGCUCCUUCCGCUAUGCGGAAUUCCUGCGCAACUUGGGCACACUUGUGUCCAUCAAGGAUGCGAAGGAGCACAAUUUGUACAUCGAUCUGGAUAUGGCGGAUGGCCAAUUUACGUACAUCUGGCAGGAUGACAUUGUGCAGGUGGUUUAUCAUGUGGCCACGCUGAUGCCGAACAAGGAGCAAGAUCCGAAUUGCACGGAGAAGAAGAAGCACAUCGGCAAUGACUUCGUGAGCAUUGUGUACAACGAGAGUGGCGAAGAGUACAAUCUCAACACCAUCAAGUGCCAGUACAACUAUGCCAGCGUGAUUGUGGAGCCGCUGGAGCUCAACAGCUGCCGCGUGUACGUGAGGGCCAAGGAGGACAUCAAGGACUACGUCGCCUACUCGGAGCCGAAGAUUGUCAGCGACUCCAGCGCUCCGCUCCUCGCCAGGCAGCUCGCGCUGCAUGCAAAUCUCGCCUCGCUGGUCUCCAAGAGUCUGAAGAACAAAGGACAAGGACCCUACGCGUCCAAUUGGCUGGAGAGAUUGCGGAAGAUCAAGCGAAUGAGGGCGAAACUUCUCAACGAGUCCAAGACUGCUGCUGAGGCGAUGGGAGGCGGCCAGCCGAGCGGCGUGGAGGCCGAGAAGGCCGGCCAAGAUGCCACUGCGAAGAAGUCUCACAUGGACGACUUCACUUUGUACACGCUGUAA